AUGGAUUCUCACAGCACUGGUUUCCAAGCUGGCAAAGCCAAGGGCCAAGCUCAGGAAAAGACCAGCCAGUUCAUGGACAAAGCUUCCCAUGCUGCCCAGUCUGCCAUGGAAUCAUGCCAAGAGACUGGUCAGCAAAUAAAGGCUAAAGCACAAGGAGCUGCUGAGACUGUUAAGAGCAAAGUUAGUGCAAACAAAUGAGAGAGAUUUGGAUCCCCACUUUGUUUUUUAGGUUUUCUGUUUGCAACCUUGCUACCUUUCCAGUUGUUAAUCUUGCUCUAUGAGAGCUGGUAGCACUCGACUCAAAGGAAAGAUAUGUCUUUUCCCUAGAUUUUGAGAUGCAUCAAGUAAACAAGAAGCCUGUUUCUUUUUUUUCUUCAGAUGGCAUUAUUUCCACAUGUCGAAUGAUGAAAAUUAAAUUAAAUUAAAUUGAAUUGAAUAUAUGUUGCCA